CUUACCUACCUGACUCGUACUCCAAAAAUCAGUCAGCCAGACCUGGGCACAGUUGAAACAACAAAAAUUUAGAGGAAAAUAUUUUUUAAUCGCAAGGAAACAAAAUGGUAAACUUUGUUUAUCCCGAGGAGCUUUACUUUUUCGUUGAGAGUAUUCGCGCGUUCGAGGUGCGCGACGUUGGCAGCAGCAAAUGGCUCGAGGUCCACGAGAUGGUCAUCAAGCUGAGCCAGCAGGCGGCCUACGAGGCGUCCCAGAACCGUGAAGAGGAGGUCAAAGAGUUCCUGAUUUCACGGGACAAGCUGCGCUUGCUGAUACACGAGGCCUUCUGCGUGAAUCUGUGGAAGACUCGGGUGCUACCGCAUCUGUUGGAGAUCGACCCGAAUCCCCAGGCUACAUUUCUCAUCUACACGGUGAUGUACCAUGAGGCGGCGCUGGUGGCUCUGUUGGACAUGUGCCUCUACCACCCCAGUGGCUGUGAGACGCUGCAGGAAUCGGUGCUGGAUCUCAUCGACUACUGUGGCCACUCGGUGGCCCAGGUGAUUGGGCUCGUCAGCAUGGGCUACCACGAGAACGAGUCAAAGGUGGACGUUGACGAAGCUGUGCUCACCGAGCUGGAGCGCCAGAAGCGCAAUUUCGUAUACAAGAUCGGCCUACGCUCCAUCUCCAUUCUUAACUACUUGGCCGACAACGUGUCGCUGUUUCACCUGAGCGCCGCUCGUCGCAUGUUGUUUACCCACGACAUCCCCUGGCUAAUGGUUGAUGUGCUCUGCUUCCGUCCCUGGCAGCGUAAGACCAGCAAGGGGCUACAGAAGUUUAUCGACGAGAAGUGGACCAAUGUGGAGGAUGCCGCCAAGAUAGUCAAGCCCGAGGCCCAGGCCUGGUUCUGUGUGCAUCAGUUGCUUCUCAAUCCCCAGGUCAUGGAGAACUACGAGCUGAACGAGGCGCGUUGCAAGCAGCUGUCGAAGCUCUUGGGUCUAAUGCACGAAACCCUCUUGGACCAGUUGCCCGUGCUCAUUGGGCUGAAGCAAUUCCUUAGCCGCUUGACCCUCAGCGGCAAUACAACGGCCAAAUUGCAGCCUCUUCUGUUGGAAGAUCUGCCCCAAAUACAAAACGACCUGACCAAGGAGGUUGAUCGCGAAGGUGGCUUCUAUCAGAUAGCCCAGGCCCAGGAUUCCUUGUUUCUCAGCCGGGACAAGAAGCAGAUCUGUGACCUGGCCAGCCGCUUGAGUGCUGCCUACGGCACAGAGCUCUUGUGCGAACUAGAGCAGAAUAUGGCCGAUCUGAACGUGCAGGAGGGAAAUCCGGUGUCCCAACCGGAUUCUGGGGCUGGAGGCGACACGGCAUCAGGAGAGCAGAUAAAAAAGUGCGCCACUUGCCUGGUUUUGGCCAAAAAGAUGUGCGCCAACUGCAAGAAGGUCCACUAUUGCUCGCGUGAGUGCCAACUCAAGGACUGGGCAAAUCACAAGACUGCCUGCCUGGACAGUUCUUAAUUUGAUAUUUCGUCUUUUUUCAGUUAAUAUAGUUUCGUUAAUAUAGAACAUUCCAAAAAUGUAAAA